AAUGGUAGCAGAAGGUGAAUGGUUAACUUUUGUUGCACACAUAUCCAGAUGAUGCUUCGUCCCAAUUAGCCCGAAAUUUCUCACUGUCGGAGUGAUGGAGGCGUUAGGUUUUUAAUUGAUGUGAUUAGUGGAAUCAGAAUCAAGCCCCACCCCUCAUCAAUCAGAAGUGACCUCAACACGUUCAUAUAAAAGUCGUCGGAGGCGAGGAUUUGUUGUGGUGUAACGUUACUUGAUACGAUCGGAGUUGCAGUAAAGACCGAUAUCAGACGGGAAAAUGCUCAUGGAUUGGAAGAUCGUUGUUUUGCUCGCGGUGGCAUUCAUCAUGACGAGCGCCGCUGGGACACCGGGGGGCGUCGUGGACGCAGAUAUGAAGGACCAAACUACCAGAGACGCGCUGCAGUUCGCGGUGGCCGAAUACAACAAGGCAACAAACGACCCCCGUAUGUUUGGCAGGUGGCCAAGGUUGUCAAGGCUCAGAAACAGACAGGCCCUCUCCAGCCUGGAUCCUACCCAGCAGCAGCUGUUGGUGGCCGGGUCUGCGGUGGCCGUGGGCGGGCUGCUGACCUGUUAUUACUGGGUGUAUCAAGGCAGGAAGACCAAGCGCAUUCCAAUAGGGGAUGGGUGGUGGGGGGCAGGAGAGAAGCCUCAGUCAGAGGAUGAGAAGGUUUUCCCCUUUCAGGUCCAGACUUCUGAUGAAGAGAUACAGGACUUGUAUGACCGUAUUGACAAGACCCGGUACACUGAACCACUGGAGGACACAGGCUUCCAGUACGGCUUCAACUCUACCUACCUGAAGAAGGUGGUCUCCCACUGGAGGCAUCAAUUUAACUGGAAGAAGCAGAUUGUAAUACUCAACAAGUAUCCUCAAUUCAAAACCAAUAUCGAGGGAUUGGAUGUACACUUCAUCCAUGUGUGUCCACCUCACCGUGAGGGCCAGAGGGUGUUGCCUCUAAUGCUGGUGCAUGGCUGGCCUGGCUCUGUUUAUGAGUUCUAUAGGAUCCUGCCCUUACUCACUAACUCGCUGGACAGUCUGGCUUUCGAAGUCAUCUGCCCCUCCAUCCCAGGAUAUGGCUUCUCCGAGGCCCCUCAUAAGCAAGGGUUUGACACUCUGGCUGCAGCGAGGGUCUUCCACAAGCUGAUGGAGCGUCUGGGUUUCUCAGACUAUUAUCUGCAGGGAGGAGACUGGGGCUCACUCAUCACUACUAACAUGGCCCAGAUGAAGCCAGAGUGUGUGAAGGGUCUCCACCUCAACAUGUUAACUAACAAACUGAGGGGGUUCGGUGUCCUGCUUUCAAUCCUGAUUGGCCGCUACCUGCCCUGGCUGGUUGGGUUCACCCGGGAGGAUGUCAGGAGGUUGUUUGGUUCAGUAGGUUUCAUGGAAAGGAACUUCUAUGAGAUCAUCAGAGAGACUGGCUACCUGCACAUCCAGGGCACCAAGCCAGACUCCGCUGGUUGUGGAGUGAAUGACUCUCCAGUAGGCCUGGCUGCUUACAUACUGGAGAAGUUCUCCACCUGGACUGACUUCAACAACAGGGACUUGGAAGAUGGGGGGCUGGAGAGGAAGUUCACCCUGGACGACCUGCUGACCAACAUCAUGAUCUACUGGACCACCGGCUCCAUCGUGUCCUCCAUGAGGUUCUACAAGGAGAACUUAAAGACCAACAUUGACAACAGACUGGAUAAUCACACGGGGGUGUAUGUGCCUACAGGUCUGGCGGCGUUCCCCAACGAGCUAAUGCACGUGCCCCAGUCGUGGGCUAGAGCCAAGUUCAGGAACAUCUACUCCUACUCUUACAUGCCCCGAGGAGGCCACUUCGCUGCCUUCGAGGAGCCACAGCUCCUGGCUGACGACCUGCUGCAGUUUGUGAAGAAGGUGCAGAAGUUGUAGAGUUGAUGGAUACAAGAGGUCGACUCUCCCCUCCUGCCAAGUGCCUGGAAGAAAAACCAGCAGGACUGCAGAACGUGAUGACACUACAGCUUGGAAUUGUAGCUUUGUACUAAAAACAUUCAUGUUAAUCUAAGAUUAAAAAUCAGAAGCACUGUCUGAUUAUCAGGUAAAUACUUGGUCAAUCAGUGAUGUUAACACUGCAAUAUGAUCAUGCUCAGUGAUUGUGUUGGUGUAAUAUUAAGGCUAUACAGUCAACAUAAUGGACCAAUACUGUAAUAAUGAAAUGAUCAGCAUUUAAAUUCAGAUUACAAAUGUCUUCCAGAUUGCACAACAACUGUGUGAAAGCACCCUCAAUCACAGA